GUGCUACUAAUAAAUCCCAGUAAAAAAGAAAGUAAGUUUGAGCUAGCUACUUGUCAAACACGAGAACCAUAGAAUCCACCUAACCACCCGGUGGCUGUUACAUUCUCUCGUUUCAUCGCCUUGUAUAAACUUUAAAACAACCUACCUGCAAAUAAAGAUUGUUAAAAUUUACUAACGUGGACGUAAACCUCACCAUGUGAUACAUCCUGCUGCUCUUAAUCACUCUUGCUCUUUUACUUGUCCAUUUUUGCUUAUAAUCCCCCUCUCCUUCCCGAUCUCCUCUUGUGCUCCACCUGCCUAACUCGGUCUCUUUCCUGCCUGAUUUAAGUAUGGAGAAUGGAUUGAACGAGAGGCUUAUAGUGCCAAAAGUUCAAGAAGAAGAAACUGAUUUAAAAUCAAAGAUUUUACAAGAAUCUAAGAAUAUAUGGAGGGUUGCACUACCUGGAGUCAUAUCAAGAGUGGGUUCAUUUGGAACCAUAGUGGUCACACAAUCAUUUAUUGGUCAUAUAAGUCCACUGGACCUUGCUGGCUAUGCUCUUGUGCAAACCAUCACAGUUCGAUUUGUAAAUGGAAUACUGUUAGGAAUGUCAAGUGCAACUGAAACCCUUUGUGGGCAAGCAUUUGGAGCAGGACAAUACCAUAUGAUGGGUAUCUACUUGCAACGGUCAUGGAUUGUUGAUUUGAUUACUUUGACUAUCUUGCUCCCAGUAUUCAUAUUUGGAAGCCAGUUAUUCAUGCUACUCGGCCAGGAAGAGUCUAUAGCAAAAAGGGGAGGAUAUAUAUCACUGUGGUUCAUUCCAUUCGUGUACAAUUUUGUUUUUAGCCUGACUAUUCAGAUGUACCUUCAAGCUCAGUUAAAGAACAAGCUUAUUGCCUGGAUCUCAGUUUUCCAGUUCAUUCUCCAUGUACCUUUGUCGUGGCUCUUUGUUACUUACUUCAGUUGGGGGGUUCCUGGUGCGAUGAGUGCAUUAUCUAUAUCAUCUUGGUUUCUGGUGAUUGGAGAAUUUAUAUACAUCUUUGGUGGUUGGUGUCCUCAUUCAUGGAAAGGAUUUUCCAAAGCUGCCUUCUUGGAUAUUCUCCCUGUAGUCAAGCUCUCAUUGUCAUCUGGCUUGAUGGUCUGCCUAGAGUUGUGGUACAAUGCUGUUCUAGUCUUGAUUGCAGGGUAUAUGGAUAAUGCAGAGGUUGCUAUAUCUGCCUUCUCCAUUUGCCUCAACAUUAAUGGAUGGGAAUUUAUGAUAUGCCUUGGCUUUCUGGGAGCUGCAUGUGUAAGGGUUGCAAAUGAACUCGGCAAGGGGAAUGCUAACGCAGUGAGAUUCUCUAUUAAAGUCUUAAUGGCCACCUCGUUGCUAAUUGGAGUUAUCUUCUCUAGCUUAUGCUUCUUCUUCCAUAAAGAACUCGCAUAUUUCUUCACAAAUGACAAGGAAGUCGCAGACACUGUAUCUGAUCUCUCAGUACUACUCACUUUCUCGGUGUUUUUGAAUAGUAUAUACCCUGUUCUUUCAGGGGUGGCAGUUGGGGCCGGUUUGCAGGGUACUGUUGCAAUUGUCAAUUUAGUUUGCUAUUAUUUGAUUGGCAUUCCGGUUGGAGUUUUCCUCGGAUAUGUUGUUGGUCUUCAAGUUAAGGGCAUAUGGAUUGGAAUGAUAUGUGGGAUUGUUUGUCAGUCCAUCACACUGUCUGUAUUGACAUAUAGAACAAAUUGGGAUGUACAAGUGCUAAGAGCGUCGGAACGUCUCAAUCGCUUUUACUUGAAAUCCGGGGAGGAGACGAAUUAAUGUUCUAAUUAUGCUCGAGUAUGAUAGUACUCUCAUGGUUCCUAAGCAUCAUAUUUUGUUUCCAAGAGAUUAGCAAGUAGUAGCAAGUAGUGCAUUUUUAUUAGUUUCUGGUUUUGCAUGUAUACUAUUCAUACAAAAAUGCAACCCGGAGAAAUUUAAUCGA